AAACGUGUUCGAGAGAUAUGGAAAUCCAAACGUACAACGAACAAACCCAUCACUCGUCCUUCCUUCCUUCUUUCUUUCCUUUUUCUUUUAACUUGCAUGGUUUUUCAAUUUUCGUAUAUUUUUGCAACCAAAUUCAGCGAAGUGAAAAAAACACAAGUUGGACGUUAGUAAAAUUACACAAUGGGUGAGAACGCGUUGAGUUUUACUUAACAUACAUAUAUACAUACAUAUAUACACGGCUUCGUUUACGAUCGAACGGUUGCUCGAAAUUGAGACGUUAGCCGCGCGAUCGUUCUUUCGUUAGCCCUGUUUCACGUUUGAAUGGAACUGACGCGAGAGGCCAGCUAAAGGAGGAAUCUCGGAGACAAGAACAAGUUGGAAAAGUCAGAUGUAAAUCGCGGGAGAUAAAUCCGUCGCGUUGCGUCUCGCGCAGGUGCGAUAACGCACGAUACGCCAAUUACGCGAUAACGCUGGUAAAUAUGCAUAUAUAUGCCUUCCUUACGAGCGACAAUAAUUCUUUCUUUCUCGCUUUUAUGUCGUAAGGAGCAGCAACCAUUCAAUUGCGAAAUCGUUACACGGUGCAGGAGAAUCGCGCGUCCAAACGCGGAAGAUCCAACCAGAACGUUCUCGAUACGUAUCGAAACUCUACUUCGAAAUGAUUCUCUGGCUAGUGAUACUCUGUACGUGGCACUGCGCCGGUGAAAAGUUAUCACCGGACCAAAAGGCACCUCCGUUCGCUCGUGGUUCCGGUGGCCUCGCCUUGAAUACACCGUUCGAGGACAACAAAGCAAGGAAUCGUCCGAUAUCGAGCGCGAAAGCACCGGCGGCGAACGCACUGGUGGACGGCGUGCAAAGAGAAGAAACGGAAAUGUUGAAAUUGGUGAACGGUGAGCUAGUACGAACUGUAAAAGGAAGCUUCUCUUACAAAAGUCCUGAAGGCCUUCCCAUCUCUGUCAAGUACGAGGCCGACGAGAACGGAAAUAGAGCCAGCUUUAAAUUCGGUACAGGUGAGUUAUCGUCUUCUUCCGGCCAAACUUCCGCAUCGGGAAAUCAAGGCGGACGUGGUGGUGGCGAUAGUCGAAACGAUCAAAAGUCGAAGGUACAAUCUUCUAAAUCUGACUAUCCACCACCGAAAGAUGUCGACAGAAGUUAUUUACCACCGCAAUAGAAAACCAUUGCGACUUCUUCCGACCUGCAGACCUUGCAGAUAACAUGACCCGACAUUUCGGCAAAAAUAUUUCUCGUUGAUCUUGUAAUUGACAAGGUACGUUCUUCUCUGACUCUUUCUUAUCGUGAUCUCUCGCGUGAAAAUUCUACCGUGUUAUCGUUGUUGCGUGUUUUUACGUAUCGCUCGAUGUAGACAACGCAGACGUUUUUAAAACAGUUUAGUAGACUCAAACUCGAUUUGAACUGGACCACUGGAGCAAAGUACGUAACAAAAUAGAACAUAUCAAACUUUUAUAAACUAAGAAAUAAAAUAUAUUUCCUUCA